ACAAUACGUACCUCCAAUAGGUACUGUGGUGAUCUUUUAGUGUUCAUUAUAUUUCAAAAAUAUUAUCCAGCCAACAAGAUUAGGUAAUCAAACCAACAAGUUUGAGCUAGAACUUUUCUAACAGGCAGCCAGAAUUAAUAUAGACAAAUACUGUGGAAGCAAGUGAAACCAAAGUGCCAGGAGCACUUUGAGUUGAAGUCCUAAAUAUUAGAGGCUUUUAAUGGGAUUUUAACUUGAGAAUGCGUUUGGAAAUACCUACGUUGACAAGGUGCUGUGGCUGCUGCCCCUUACGCCGGGGCAUCAUUAUUCUGGGAUAUUUGUCUUUGGCUGUUGCGGUGUUUUUUAUGUGGAUAGAACUUCAGUUCGCGCACAGCUGGUCGGAGUUCACUGUAAGCGUGUUCAGGGGAGCAAGCUUUUGUGCCGAAACAUGGCUUCCCGUUCUGAUGUAUUGCACUGAGAUAGCGUUCAUCGUGCUAUUGCUAGUUGGAGCUCAUAUGAAAAAGCCCGGGCCAAUGCUAGUGUUCUACUACUACGGAGUGACUACUACAGCGGCCGCGCCUGUGAUAUUUAUUUGGACGUUGGCCACUCGAGCCCCAGAAACAUACCACCUCGAAUACUUCUACUAUUUCAUGCAGAUGGUAGAUUUAAGCAUUGUAUUUAUUGGAGUAGUAACACAAGUAUACCUGCUACUACUGAUCCGAAGCGAGCUGCGGAAGCCCCAGGAGUCGCUUUGCUUCGUGAACCAUCUGUCUGAAGUCUGCGUGCAGCAGCCUACAAUCAACAAUAUUAGUUCUUUAUGAACCGCGUCGAAUACUACUCGAAGUUGAGUCAUUUGAGUUGGUGAUUUUGGUGUGUUCAAUCAAACUACUUAUGUAUAGAAAGAUGCAAAACAAAG